AUGAAAUGCUUUGAACUCGAUUGUAAUUUCGAACACGAUGUCUCUGUCUACUACGACAAAAUCAUCGCUGAAUCAGACAACGUUUGA